CAAACAUCUCCCGUUAGUAUGAUCUAGCGGAGUAACUUUACUUCCGCAUCUCUUUCGAAGGAUUCAAUUAUGAAGGGUUUAAGGCAGAUAGUCUCAGUUAGCCCCGGAGAAACGUCUGGCUCUGAGGAAAUACCAGCGCUAGCACGCUUCCUCUUCAUCUUUUUCAUGUGUCAGGAGAACAAAUCAGAUCUAAAAAAGAUGCAACACCAUGUGGAGGAGGCUAGCGUGCGAGAGGUUGAAAGGUUACACAUCUCUGUGGUCGUUCAUAACCCCAUGCACUAUGAAAUAAAGCUAGAUGAAAUUAUUAAACUGAAAUAUUUCAUCCCCCUACUUUUUUAUCAUCAAAAAAUUUAUCUUUUGAAAGUUUAUAUCUUGUCUUAUAAAAAUAAGUAACUCAUAUGAUUUUUUCUCGUGUAUGACUACUUUGUUGUCCCUAAGUCUCUGAAAGAUCCAACUAUGCAGUUAAAAGGGAAGAAAGAAGCCUUUUAUCCCGUCAAACUAUACUGCGCGGUGUGCUUGCACCACAUUGAAUAACAUACUUAUGCUACGUAAUCACUGUAUAUUAUUAUUGUACAAUAUAUAUCUAAGAGAAUAUGUCAAUGUAAUCUUAAAAAUUACUCCGUAGUUUACAUCACUUCUUCCUGAAAACUUGAACGCCCUUUUCGCUUACUUGUUUCAGAAAGUGUUUAACAAGAUUCCUUGAUGCAAACUUUUUUAGUCUAUAAGAAAUAUACACUGUGCUGAUAAUUUGCAUUAUAUAUAAUUCACAUUGGGCAUUUAAUCAAUCGCUCAACGCGCGUAGGAAACUAGUAUCUCUACAAUAUUAUAAGAGGGAAUAUUGUCAGGGAUGUAAUGGUGAUAAAAAAUGUUAGUGUUUUUUAAUGCAUUAAGCUUGUAUACCUUAUGUUUACUUUGUUGUACAUCUAACCUUAUUUUAACUUUACGUUUUAACGGAAAUGUUAAAACAGCCCAUCUUCCGUCUGUCCUUCUGUUUAUUGGAGAAAUUCCAUUGUCCUUUUACAUUUAAUUCAAGUCGUUGUAAAAGUUUUUCUUUCACCUCCUUUGUUCCAGCAUCUCACCAUCACUCCACAGUACACCAUUUAUUAACAUUGGCAAAUUAAAGGAGGACCCGCUGAAGCACCUGCGGUUCUGCACUGCUUGCACAUUGUUUGCCGGUCUGCUAUGCGAUUGCCGACAGAGGAGGGUGAUUGGGUGAAGGAACCGCUGCACUCCCAUGUUUCCCCCUGCUUUGGUCAACGAGGAAGACAAUACGUCUAUUCCUAUUUUAUUUACUGGAUGUGCUAG